AAUCAAGGGUUAAGUGUUCAAACCUGCGCCCGCCCGCGCACUGCUCUAAGAAGAACUUUCUCAAUUAGCAUAGUAUCUGCCCUGGGGCCGCACUGCGAGGCGGAGGUGCGGUCUCAGUCCCGGCGACUCUUUCAGAACUGUCCCGGUUGAGGUCGGAACUGCACCUGCUUCUAAUCUGAGAGAAGUCGCGUUUUACAACUUCGCUGAACAGAACACUGUGGGAUGAAACAGAACAGAGAUCAAAAGGGCCCCAUUUCCCAGAGGAAACGUUCACUUCGACAACCAGGGAGUGUGCCUGGAUGCUCAAGUUGGGGAAUGGCGGUCAAUGUGUAUUCUACCUCGAUAACCCAAGAGACGAUGAGCAGACAUGACAUCAUCGCAUGGGUUAAUGACAUAGUAUCUUUAAACUACACGAAAGUGGAGCAGCUUUGUUCAGGAGCGGCCUACUGCCAGUUCAUGGACAUGCUCUUUCCAGGCUGCAUUAGUUUGAAGAAAGUAAAAUUUCAAGCAAAGUUGGAGCAUGAGUAUAUUCACAAUUUUAAACUUCUGCAAGCAUCAUUUAAGCGAAUGAACGUCGAUAAGGUAAUUCCAGUGGAGAAGCUAGUGAAAGGGCGUUUCCAGGACAACCUGGAUUUUAUUCAGUGGUUUAAGAAAUUCUAUGAUGCGAACUAUGACGGGAAGGAGUAUGACCCGGUUGAGGCGCGACAAGGCCAAGAUGCAAUUCCUCCCCCCGACCCUGGCGAACAGAUCUUCAACCUGCCCAAGAAGUCACACCACGCAAACUCCCCCACAGCAGGUGCGGCUAAAUCGAGUCCAGCAUCUAAACCAGGUUCCACACCUUCUCGUCCCUCGUCUGCCAAAAGGGCUUCGUCCAGCGGCUCAACAUCCAAGUCUGAUAAAGAUUUAGAAACCCAGGUCAUACAGCUUAAUGAGCAGGUACAUUCAUUAAAACUCGCCCUUGAAGGUGUGGAAAAGGAAAGGGAUUUCUACUUCGGGAAGCUGAGAGAGAUUGAGCUGCUCUGCCAAGAGCACGGGCAGGAAAAUGACGACCUCGUGCAGCGAUUAAUGGAAGUGCUGUAUGCUUCAGACGAACAUGAAGGCCACACAGAAGAGCCGGAAGCAGAGGAGCAAACCCAUGACCAGCAGCCCCAACAGCAGGAAGAGUACUGAACCGUCCUGGCAGCUCAUGACACUUCCAUUGUGCAUGGGAACUUUUCUUCUGGAGAAUUGGAAUGUGCGGCCUCAAGCUCAAGAGAAACCAGUUGUUCCCGGCCUGCCGGUACCAUCAAUGCUCUGUUGCAUACGCCAGCCCUGCACUUGGUUCACAUUUCCUUUGCCAAGUUGCAUUAGCAGGCGGCCAUUUUGGCCACCUUCCUGAGAGAUCGUAGGGUUACACGCCUUCAACUUCACUUGGCUGCUUGAGAUUGGUUCUGCUCUUUCCCUCAUUUCUUUCCAGAACAACUCUUCCCUGCCCCAAAACAACCACCACCAUUACCACCCCUUUUUAUCCUGGUGUGAAACAAUGGUAAUUUGAUAUAUGGUAUUUAUAUUGGCAUUUCUCAACCCAGUGUCACUAGAUGUCACAUGCAUUUGUGGUGCUUUGAUGUUUGCAAGUCUAACUUAUGAACAUAAAUUUGGUCAAAUAAUUGGAACAAAGGGAAACAGAUACUUGAUGUGAAAGCCAUAAUGACAGUGAUUUGUGUCGUAGAGGAAAACAUAGGGUCGGUUUUGCCCUCUACUCACAGAAAAAGGAGAAAACUGAUUUGAAACUGGGGCUUUGAGGCCCAGCGAGCAGUGUUCAUAGAGCAGCAUGUUAGACAACCAUGCAGUAUGCUGUUAGUUUUGAAAGACAUUCGCUCAAGGAAGACACCAUCUCAACUUUGCCCUCUCUCGGCGUGCUCCUGCCCUCCCGCCCCUCUCUCCCAUCCACUUCCCAGGUUCUUGUAUUAUUUUCUUUCUCAGGGUCCUCUUUGGUGGGCAGCCACUCUCCCCAAAAUGUCAUCAGUCAUCUGCAGGUCAUAGGAGGUCAUGGAAGGGACAGGCCCUCUUGCCUCAUCCCUCUUCCUCCUCAUUCACAGUAGGGAUUUCCUCCUGAAGGGCGGCUUCAGGGUGUGCAGGCUACAUCGGGCUCUGCAUCCGGUUGCGCACUGGCUGAAAAGUGGGAAGCAAACACCUCAGUCCUAGGAGAGCAUAGUUCCAAGGGAGAAUCAUAGUUGUGCAGUCUGGUGCUGACAGUGGAUCAACAGCACAGAAAAACCUAUGACUCCCAGCAUCUUCUGAAACGAGGAAUUUCCCCUCUUUAACACAAGGGCCCUCCUUGUCUUGGACAUUUGCUAAACCAUGGCAAUCCAUAAACAGAGGAAACAUUGAUGAAUUAAAAGCAUUCCUUAUUUUUUUAACUAAUAUUUGCACAUUUUUCUUAGUCUCUUUCCAAAUUCUUUUGCCUCUUUUUCCCCCCAUCAACCGGCGGUCUCCCUUCCUCGACCAUUCGUUUCACUUGGUUUCUAACUUCAGAUUUACUUUAUUAGCAGGUGCAACAAAAAUAAGAAACAAAUGUCCCCAACCCGCUUUCUGCUUAAUUGAAAGGCUUAAAAUAAAUUUCUGAAUAAUGUAUCAUAAAACUUUGAAAUUUCUUUAUUGAUGGAAUAAUUCUAAAUUCUAGCAUUGAAGUUUGCACCAAAAGAAAUCUUUCCGAAAUAAAUCUUUUACAGCAAAGUUGUAUUUAUUGAGUUAUAUAUGGAAAAGAUGGCUUGUAUUUUUGCGAUGAUUACAACACACUGUGCAGAAUAGGACAGACGUUCCGUGGCGUUUGGUUUCCCUGUCUUCUCUCUCCUGCUCACUCUGCAUUACUGCAGCAGCUCAUGUCUCAGGCUAGAAAGCCUGGCCCCCAGCGGUGACGUCCUCCCCCACCUGGUUACAGGUCGCGGUUGUGCUGUCUACAACAUCAUGCUGAAUGGUAUAGCGCCCCCUUAACCUGUUGUGCUCACUGACUGUAAAAAUAGCUCUUGUAAAGAGGCACAAUAAACAGCUCCUUGCAGAUACUUUCCUGUGGUUCCUAGGGUAUUCUUCAUCUGCCCUGGACAUCUCAGUAAUACCUGUGCCAGGGGGUUGUGACCACUCCUGUCAUGUGGAUGCACAUGAACAGAUACAGCCAGGAUCCCAUUUUCUCCAGAGCCACUUGACACCAUGUAACAUCCUAGCCCUUCCUGAUGACUCUUGCCGGAGCCACUCCGUUCCUUUCUGGGUCCCCAGCCUUCUAGCUAGAGACACCACAGAGAGCUCUCCCAGGAGCCACGUUCCAUUUGGCUUUCAGUGACCGAGGCAGAUCAUUAGAAGAGAGCUACACAUUCCUCUUUCUGUUCACAUCUUAAAAUUCUUCUGUUGUGCUGCUCCCUAGUUAAUGUCACGGGUUCUUUGGGGAAUCUUAACAGCUAUGUUGCAGAGUCAGUCUUUGGCUGUGACCCCUGCCACUGUUCAGUCAUCACUGGCUUCCUGGGUGGAGGGGCCCCAUCGUGUUCUCAGCCUUCUAGUCGGGGCACGUGUUCCACCCCCAGUCACUUGUCAUUGUGCUCAGGGGACAGGUAUCCCUGUCUGCUCUGCCAUCGCAGGAAGGUGACUUCUUGGUACCACUUCAUGCCCGCUGUCGGCUGGAAUAGCACUUCCGUGGCCACUGCCAGAUGGAAGUGAUCGAAGCAGGGGGCAAAGAGAAAGCUCAUGUUCACCCUGAGCAGAAAAGCAGGAAAAACAAAAAGACAAACACCCUAUUGACCCAAGAGAAGUAAACUCCAGAAGGGAACCAAGAAUUCCUCCCUUCCCUGGUGAGUAUUUCCAUUAUUCCGUUACGGUUUAAUAUGCAUUCAGAUUACUUUUACUAAAUAGUACACCAUAAAGCUUUUGUUAUAUAUUAAAUGUAAACUGAAAGGAAUGUAAACAUAUGUAUUGUUAAUUAUAAAUAUAGAUAAGUAAUGACAUACUAGAUGAAAGUCUUAUUUGGAUGUAUCACAUUCAUUUUACAUUACCCACCUAUUGUCGCAUGGUAGAAUAGUUUUUUGUCUGAAUAUGUGAAUAACUUGACUUGCGUUGAUCUUUUUACAUAUUUAAUAAAAAAAAUAUAUGUUAAAAUAUG